AGAGAAACAGGCGCACCCUCCUUUCAAGAUUGCAGUCACGCAGCAUAGCUCAGUUUGGAGAUGAAGCAGAGGGUGUGCGCGCGUUUUCUAUAAAGGCGUAACUUCAUUUUAAGCCCAGAAACACCGCGUUUGGGUGAUAUAAUUUGAAACCACAAACCGUUGAUUUCACUCAUUUCUUUUUAUCCCUGCGUUAUUUUUGCGAGCUCUGUCUCCCCUCCCUCGUCGCGUCACAUCCCAUAAUAAUCCCUCCGGGGUAUCUUCCUAUCAGCUCUCUCAUAUGUAAUAUUACAAAUCUCCAUCCCUGUGAUGAUGCAAGUAUCCCGCUAGGAAGGUGAUGGACGAUGUCCGGUCCUAUCGGGCCAAGACACCUGCGCUCCCGGUCCUGAAUGCAGCAGCGGAGAGAGACACCGACCCGGGUGUCAACGCCAUCCCCGGAUGCUGCGCCGCAGAAUCGGCUACACCGACCCAUCGUCGGGUAAAGACAUCCUAGGCAAUAGGUCCCUUUGUUUCAUAUUCAUUUGCGCAUUUGGACUGGUAACACUGUUGCAACAGAUUCUCUAUGGGAAAAACUACAUUAAGAGUGCGCAACAGUUUAGCCGACUCAAAGGGGACGAGACAGGAAAUUGGACCGGUCCCGUUAAUUUCUUGGAUGACGGAUCUCUGAAGCCUGCCAGAAAUGGAAGGAAAAGAUGUUUCCGUCAGAAUUUUCAGCCAGAUUCACAGAUCUCCGUAAUAGUCACACCCUGCCUAGCCGAUAUUAAGAAGAAAAACAAACGCUCUCACAGGUAUUUGGGAAACUAUGAGGGCCCUUUUGAGUACAACUCGACAACAUGCAAAGAGCUCAGGCAGGAGAUUAUGGAUGUCAAAGUCUUGACAAUAAACAAUAAUCGGAAAAUACAUGGUCAUGGGUAUCCUUCUUCAUUCCACAAGUCUCUCUGCCUGUCUGCCAGGGUCAAAACCUCUGAUCUGUUUGAGAGAUGGCGGAACCUGCAGGUGUGUAAGUGGGAGCAGAGCAAGGAGGAGGCAAGCAACUUCAAGAUGUCGCUGUCUCGCUGCUGUAACGCUCCGUCCUUCCUGUUCACCACCAAGAGGAACACCCCUGCAGGGACCAAGCUGCGCUACGAGGUGGACACCAGUGGCAUCCUUCCAAUCACCACUGAGGUUUUUAAGAUGUUCCCAGAUGAUAUGCCGUAUUCCAAAUCCCAGUACAAAAAAUGUGCUGUGAUCGGAAAUGGGGGUAUCAUCAAGAACACCAACUGUGGAAAGGAAAUUGACUCAGCUGAUUUUGUGUUCAGAUGCAACAUACCGCCCAUCAGCGAGAAAUAUUCAGCUGAUGUCGGCACUAAAACGGAUCUGGUGACGGUAAAUCCCAGCAUUAUUACAGAAAGAUUUCAGAAGCUGGAGAAAUGGCGACGGCCCUUUUACGACGUCCUCCAGAACUACGAGAACUCCUCGGUGGUCCUUCCCGCUUUCUACAACACGCGCAACACGGAUGUGUCCUUCCGGGUCAAGUACAUGCUGGACGACUUUGACUCGCAGAGGGGGGUGUUCUUCUUCCACCCGCAGUACCUGCUCAACGUGCAGCGCUUCUGGGCGGUUCAGGGCGUGCGGGCCAAGCGGCUCAGCAGCGGGCUGAUGCUGGUCACCGCCGCCCUGGAGAUGUGCGAGGAAGUGCACCUCUACGGUUUCUGGGCCUUCCCCAUGAACCCGUCGGGCAUCUUCAUCACUCACCAUUACUACGAUAACGUCAAGCCGCGACCGGGCUUCCACGCCAUGCCGCACGAAAUCUUCAACUUCAUUCACAUGCACGCCCGCGGUAUCGUGCACGUACACACGGGGCCUUGCACGUGAUCUCUCACAUUUCUUGCUGUGCACACCUCAACCUUCAUCACGUGGUGGAAUAUAUAUUCCACCACGUGAUGAAGGUUGCUCUCUUUGACUGACAACAUUUCUCGAUGUGGUGUUCUUUUCUCAUUUUCGCCCUCUGGUCAGUUUUUUCAUGUUUUUCAUGUGUGACACGUGGUCUUCCCGAUGGUGGUGAUGUUUCCGUAACGUUUUCUAGUGGCUUUUUGCUGUACAGAUCGGUUCUUUUCUACUCGCUCGACUCUGCGGGUAUGGCAGCUUUUGGGCGUUUGUGUCAAACAAAGCCUGAAACUUGUCAUAUUUCAAAAAUGUAUAAAAAAAAAGCAGCACCCAAUUGUCUACUUUUGUAAUCUAUUUGAACAUUUUAAACGGAUAAACUGGCCUGUUUCCAGUGGCCUUACUCCUGUUUGAAAAUGUCCUCUGGCGAUGGAAAAGAGGCACAAAGGGAUUCCUUUAUUAUUUUUGAUUUAUUGUUUGGCUUAUCAAAUCUCACGCCAUGCUGCCUUAUGAUAGCCACUCCCUCCAUCUGAUAUGCAAUCCUCAUCUAUAAUCAAAUCAAAUCAAAGGAGCCUCUUUAAAGAGUCCUCUCCCGACUUCUUCUUGUUGUAAAACUCCAUAAUCACAUGCCGCUCUGCAUGAUGUCCGCCUAGCUUGGUGUGUGCCUGCUUCAGUGAUCACUGAAUUAAGUUUACACUCACAAAAAACCCUUUUUUCUUAACCAGAUUGUCCUCAGUGGUUGCAGAUGGCUGGCGGCUUAGUAUAGAUGCUCUGAUGAUAGCAGUUGCUGCAGCUUUGUGAGGUGCUGGAGUUCACUGCCACAGUGUUAAUUCACCUUUGCUUGACUAUGAACAUUCAGGUUGCAUUCUCAAAUGUGUAGUGUAAUUUAUUAUUUUUUUAAAUGUCAUUUUUCAGCUCUUACUUUGCCACAGACUGAUGUAAUGCAUAAUGUAUAAUUUGCAUUUAAAUGAGCACCGCUCCAUGCACCGCUUAUUGUUGUCAGAAGUUGAAACAAUGGGACCAGUCUGUAAUAAAUGAAGGUAAUAUAACAGUGCUUCUUAACUUUGAAUGCCUCUGUAUAAUAUUGUGUUUGUAAAUAAACCUG